AUGCGUGCAACACCGCCAAGCAGAGAGGCCACAUACGCAUUCAAACGCAUUACCUCCUGUGGGAAUUUUCUGUAAGUUUUGAAGUUGAAAGAUGUCCAAAGUUCUCAUUUCAACUUGUUUACAGGAUGCGAACUUCCACUCUCACUACAACGAAGUUCGUUUUGUACUUCGAUGAGGCGGGUUCGUUACAUUUCCUUCAUUCACAGUAUCGAUAAUCAUGUUCCAGACUCGAAAUAUCUAGACAUCGAUUGGGAGAGUUUUGAAAAAAAGUUCGAAUGCACGUUGAAAGUGAGGAUGCCUCAUAGAUGUCCUCAGGCGGUCAUUUUUAGAGUGGAAACAGCCCGCGUGAGUUUUUUCACCCUUGAAUCUUGACAAAAAUCCGUGAAAGGAAACAUUCAGGUGAACCUACGUAUCGCCAGAAAUUCACUCUUCACUUUAGUCUCUCAGCAUUUGAAUAGCCUUGGCGUGGAUCACGUGGUGAUUUUUGACUUCUUUUUCGCUCUUUUUCAAGAAACGUACAGAAAUAUUACAACUCAAAAAUUUCCAGAGUUGCCCAGGCUACGAGGAAGAAGAAUAUGGUGCGUCGUUCCAUUACAUCUGGCCCAGACGGAAGAAUGGAGUUUGUAAUCCAACAAUGGAUUCCGACUCUUUGCGGUAGUCUAGUUUUUAAAAGUGGUUCCCAUAGAUUCGAAAAAGUUUUAUCUAAUUGAAAACAAUUUUUUUCAGUCAAGUCCCAAGCACCAGUACACCUUCCAAAGUCACCGCUGAAGCUGAUAAUGGAAAAACUGCAGCCAAAAAGAAGUGAUUUAUUACAAUCAAAAAAAUGAAAAAUAUUGUUCGGAAAUUAUUCUAUUUGACUAAAUGUUUCAAAUGAAAGAAGAGAAAAAUGGAUUCCAAAAGGUAGUUUCAAAUUCCAGACCAUUACCGCCUUGCGACUGUUCGUUUCGCCGCCGUUUUGAAGCGCGGUUCUGCAAAGAGCCCGAACCCGGGGAUCCAGACCAAAUCGUGAUAAUAACUCCGCUUCCAAGAUGUCCCUGUGGCCGACGACCACCCAGACGGUGGGUUUUUAUUCAUUUUAAUCUUUUUUUCUUGGAAAAGGUCCCUAAAGGCUUCUGCUUUUUUGAAUGAAACCACAUCUACUCGUUAAGUUAUGUUUUGUCAAAUCUUCGUCAAAAAAGCUCUUUCGAACGAAGAUUUGUAAAAAACCGUUAAGGCUCAAAAUGGAAAAAAAAACGCUUUAUUGAAUUGAACCUGAGAAAAAUCCCUAAAACCAUUUUCGGCCUGUGAAAAUUUGAAAAGCCAUUUUUUAUCCUACAUUUUCUUUUAGAAAAAAGAAAAAUCUUUCUUUCAGCAACCGUGUCAAUCAAGCUCAUGGAUUUGAAAGCUUAGACGAUUUUGAAAAAACCGCCUCGACCUCGCGAAGGUGAUAUUUUGAAUUUCCUAAUGAGAAGAAUUUUUUUAUUUUUGAAUUUCAGUGUCUCUUCAGCGGAUCCUAACGCUUUUCGUCAUCCUGGAGGGCAUUACUGCCAGGCUGAACGCAUGCUCGGUAUCCAUCCGAAGGAUUGCUCUUGCGGUCAACCAUGA